AUGUGGAAACUGAGCAGCCGCCCAAAAGGAAACCAGGAGACCACAGGGCCACCGUGUGCUUUGGGCUCACCUUUCCCAAUGCCUCCCUCGCCUCUGGAAGAACGGAUCGGCGUGUUGCAGCGACCCAAGACCUUGGCCUUGCGCCUCAACCACAGCUUCUCCAACAACGGUGGCGGCGAGAAGCAGCCGCCACCGCAGUCUCCACCCUGCAAGCCGUCGGGCCCGGCCCCGCCUGCCCUGAAGGGGUUGAGCGAAGAGGCCCGCAAGACGGUUCUCCAGCCCAACCAAUCCCACCCCGUCGACGCCAAGCUAUCGGCGGGCGGGACGCAAGGCCAGGCGCAGGAGAGGAACCCCUCCCUGGAGCUGAGCCUGAAGCCCGGUGAGAAGAAAGGGGUGCUGGGCCCCCCGCUGAAGGUCUUUCUGCCCCAGGCCAAGCUGAAGAAGCGGUGCUUCAAGGAGAACUCCAAGCCGGUACUGGACACCUCCACCAGCUCCUCCUGCCUCUCCAGCCCCACUGGCACCAUGCACCCCUUGAAAUGCGGCUGCCGGGGUUGCUGGCGGCUGAUGCGCUGCGAGGACGCCCACCCCAAGUCCGGCCUGCGCUCCCUGGGCUGCCUCUCCUGCCGCUCCAGCCUGCGGUCCCUGAGCUGCUCCAGCCCGCCGUCGGUCAAGAAGCUGGGCUGCCUCCCCUGUGCGCCGGCGGCCCUGCGCUCCCUGGCUUGCCUCGCCUGCAACCCCUCGGUCAAGUCGGUGAGCUCCUCCUGCAGCUUCUGCAGCAGUGACCCCAUUGUGGCCUACGACCCCCGGGGGGGUUCUUCGCCGGCCCCCAGCUGCUACGGCGGGGACGACGACGACGACUACAGCGUCCGCACCAUCUGGCCGGACGAGCUGGCCAAGAAGAUGACCAAGUCGCGGGCCCAGCAGCAGCCGUCCCCCUUGAUCCUGGACUGCCGGAACCUGAUGGAGUUCACCAAGAGCCACCUGCAGGGCGCCAUGCACUUUGGGGCGGCGGAUGCCGCGGGCAGGCGGCGCCUCCAGCAGGGCAAGCUGGCCAUGCUGGAUUUCAUUUCCUCGCGCGGGGUAGGUGAUGGCAGGGACUCUUCCCUGCAGCGCCUCUGGCCCAAGGAGCAGAACGGCUGCGCCGGCUCAGAGACUAUGACUCUUCCGGCUGGCAUUCCCAAACCCGCAAAACCACAGCAGCCCUCGCCAAAUCUGCAUCUGGUCUUGGAUCCGCUCAACAAAGAUGGACAGGAGGUGACGGGCAGGAGAGGCAGCCUGGUGACGCCGGAGACUGCGGAUGGGCCGGAUGACUUGGGCCCACCUCUCACGCCCGACCUGGAGAACGCCGAGCUGAGCCCCAUCCUGCCCUUCUUGUUUCUGGGCAACGAAAGGGAUGCACAGGACCUGGAGCGGAUGCUGAGCCUCAACGUGGGCCACGUCCUCAACGUCACCACCCACUUGCCCCUCUACCACGCCGAGAGUGGGCGCCUCCGCUACAAGCGCCUCCCCGCCACCGACAACAGCCGCCAGGACCUGCGCCAGUACUUUGAGGAGGCCUUUGAAUUCAUUGAGGAGGCUCACCAGAGCGGCAAGGGCGUCCUCAUCCACUGCCAGGCGGGCGUCUCGCGCUCCGCCACCAUCGUCAUCGCCUACCUGAUGAAGCACACACUCAUGACCAUGGGUGACGCCUACAAGUAUGUCAAGGGCCGGCGCCCCAUCAUCUCCCCCAACCUCAACUUUAUGGGCCAACUGCUGGAAUUCGAAACGGACCUCAACGCCGGCAUCACGCCCCGCAUCCUCACGCCCAAGCUGGCCGGGGUGGAGACCGAGGUGUGA